AUGGCGGCGUUGCGGGCUCUGGUUGGGGUGAAGCGGGUCAUAGACUAUGCCGUGAAGCGUGCCCUGCAGGGGACCUUCGCCUCCGCGCUGACGCUGGAGGGGGAGCAGCUGACGGUGGAGCGGGAGGUCGACGGGGGCCUGGAGAGCGUCCGGCUCAGGCUGCCGGCCGUGGUGACGGCCGACCUGCGGCUCAACGAGCCCCGUUACGCCACCCUGCCCAACAUCAUGAAAGCCAAGAAGAAGAAGAUUGAGGUGCUGAAGGCGUCGGACCUGGGGGUCGAUCUCUCCUCCAGGCUGGUCGUAGAGCGCGUGGAAGAGCCGCCCCAGCGCCAGGCCGGCGUCAAGGUGGAGACAGUGGACGACCUCGUGGGCAAGCUGAAGGAGGGGGGCCUGAUCUGAGCCCCCAGCCGCCCCUCCUGGAGCCGCUGUGCCCAGCUCUCCUGCUGCUGUGAUGGGCGGUGACCCUGGGGGUCCCCGGGACCUGGCACUGCCCCCCAUGAUUGUAACCGUGCUGCCUUCCGGCCCUGCUGGCUGUCCCUGAGCCGCUGCUCCGUCAGCCCUGGGGCUCGGGACCCAUAAACCCCGCUGGGUCUUUGGAGA